UAUUGCAUUUUGGGACAUGAGGCUCGGUCAACAAUUUUGAGUUUCAUAGUUGCAGAAGAAUCAUAGAAAUCCUUUCCCAACAAUUUUCACUUCUCCACCAAAACUUUCCCAUCCCUCCAAUUCCCCAGAUCUCAUCACUUCUUCAUCUCCUCCCUGCUCUCAUAGUUUCUUAUUUUUGUUGGUGGAUCAGACAUGCCAGUGGCUGCUUCCGCCAUUUACUUCCUCAAUCUCCGAGGGGAUGUUCUCAUUAAUCGUCUCUACCGUGACGAUGUCGGCGGAAAUAUGGUGGAUGCCUUCCGAACACAUAUAAUGCAAACAAAAGAACUUGGCACAUGCCCGGUGAGACAGAUUGGUGGUUGCUCUUUCUUUUACAUGAGAAUUAGCAAUGUAUACAUUGUGAUUGUUGUAAGCAGCAAUGCAAAUGUAGCUUGUGCAUUCAAGUUCGUGGUUGAGGCUGUUGCACUGUUCAAAUCUUAUUUUGGUGGGGCUUUCGAUGAAGAUGCAAUUCGAAACAAUUUUGUUCUUAUUUACGAGCUUUUGGAUGAAAUAAUGGAUUUUGGUUACCCGCAAAACCUCUCGCCUGAAAUUCUAAAACUAUAUAUCACUCAGGAAGGAGUUCGCUCGCCAUUCUCUUCCAAGCCUUCAGAUAAACCUGUCCCAAAUGCAACUUUACAAGUCACAGGUGCUGUCGGUUGGCGAAGGGAAGGCCUUGUAUAUAAAAAAAAUGAGGUAUUUUUGGAUAUUGUUGAAAGUGUAAACCUUCUUAUGUCUUCAAAAGGUAGCGUUCUACGUUGUGACGUUACCGGGAAGAUUCUUAUGAAGUGCUUUCUUUCUGGAAUGCCUGAUCUAAAGUUGGGUUUAAAUGAUAAGAUUGGACUUGAGAAAGAGUCGCAAAUGAAGUCCCGUCCAAAUAAGAGUGGUAAAACAAUUGAGCUUGAUGAUGUUACUUUUCAUCAAUGUGUAAAUUUGACGAGGUUUAACUCGGAGAAGACGGUCAGCUUUGUGCCACCCGAUGGCGAAUUUGAAUUGAUGAAAUAUCGUAUUACCGAGGGUGUUAAUCUUCCAUUUCGAGUACUCCCAACAAUUAAGGAGCUUGGUAGGACACAUAUGGAAGUUAAUGUUAAGGUGAAGAGUGUCUUUGGUGCGAAAAUGUUUGCUCUUGGCGUGGUCAUUAAAAUUCCCGUUCCAAAGCAGACAGCUAAAACUAGUUUCCAAGUGACAUCAGGUCGAGCCAAGUACAAUGCCUCGAUCGAUUGCAUUGUGUGGAAGAUCAGAAAAUUCCCUGGACAAACGGAACCAACCAUGAGCGCAGAAGUCGAGCUGAUUUCUACGAUAACUGAAAGGAAGGCUUGGACACGGCCACCAAUUCAGAUGGAGUUUCAGGUUCCCAUGUUCACGGCAUCUGGUUUACGAGUUCGUUUCCUAAAGGUGUGGGAGAAGAGUGGUUACAACACAGUGGAAUGGGUUCGUUACAUAACUAAAGCUGGAUCGUAUGAGAUCCGAUGUUAGAAUUAACGAAGUGUAGAGAAAGGAAAAUUUUGAAUGGACGGAUAGAGAACGUUCACAGCUUUCUCGCUGACACCGAGAUUAUUCGAGGGUAUAUAAGAGGAGCUUCAUGGAGAGAGUGGUGGUCUUUGAUGGAUCAUUUGGGCAUUUUAGAAGUUGCUUCUGAUGUUUAUAAACCACUCCUUCCUUCCUUCCUUUCUGCUUAUUUUUUCUGCAUAACCAAAACGAGAUUGUUUCUUCUGGCUGCUUUCUGUUGUAAUCAAGGCCUUGUAGUGAAGUUCUUGUUCUUGAAUCAAUUUCUUUGAUGUUGCCUUCUGAUCAA